AUCGUUGCUCGGGUAAUAUAGGUAGGCAGCAGCGAGCUUGGCCGUCCUAGAUCUAUAACGCAGCGAAAUCAGUAGAUUGCGGCGCAGCUGUUCGGACAGUUACUCGGACCUACCCUACGACAAGCUCUUGCUCACAGACGAAGUGUUAGCACGGCGUCCCUCGUCUCUUCACAACCCCACUCUCUUCGACAUGUGCCGGUAUACUACAGCAGACAUCAUCUAUCUCCAAUGCCAGAGACCGUCUCAGCAUAGAAUCGUAAAACGUCUCUAUCGGAGAUGUUUAGCUUCUCCAAAACCGGGACCGCGAUGUGAGGACUCUACGUAUGAUCCAUCUCUGGGUACACACCUACCUUCCACCCGAAACGCCCCUUGCAAGUUCUGUCGGGACUCAGGAGCAUCGGUCGGAGAGGCGCGUUAUGAAGAGUAUGAUCUUCAUGGUUAACGAUGAGUGUAUUCUCGACCCAGGGCUCAGCUCCGUAUCCUCGCCGGUCAUCUGGCUCUUGUAGCAAAGCGGUAGCGCCUAGCUUAUUCCAUCCAAGGAAGAGAAUGAAAUGUUAUUAUACGACACAAUGUUAUGAGAUCUAAUCUUAAAAACUGUCCAGU